AUGGAGUUCAUAGGGGUUGGAUGGAUUAGUUUGGGCAAUGAUCCUAUGGCCUCCAAGGUGUAUGCGAACUCGAUCGAGUCGGUCAACAGAAGACUUGGUCGAGCUAGACUUCACACGGGUAGAAAGAGAAGUCAGAGGACUCAGAGGGUACAAGAGGAACCUGAGGUGCUUGUUACUGAUACAAUGGAUGUACCAGAGGGGAAUGGAAACCCUUUGGGCAAUGGACUCGGUCGAGCUAGGCAAACUCGACCGAUUGGUCUAGGAGAUGCUCCAAACCGCCAUCAACAGAGACAAGGGAUUGUUCCACCACCAGUGCAGAACCACAACUUUGAGAUCAAGCUGGGAAUGAUCAACCUUGUUCAGAACAAGAUGUUCCAUGGAUUGCCAAGUGAAGACCCCAUUGACCACCUUGAUGAGUUUGAUAGGCUUUGUGAUUUGACAAAGAUCAAUGGUGUCUCUGAAGAUGCCAUCAAGCUGAGACUCUUUCCUAUGUCUCUAGCUGACAAAGCUCACCAAUGGGAGAAGAGCUUGCCCCAUGGCACAAUCACCACUUGGGAUGAAUGCAAGAAGGCCUUUCUUGCUAAGUUUUUCUCCACCGGUCGCACAGCCAAGCUUAGGAGUGAGAUAUCGAGCUUCAUCAGAGCGAAACAAUGA